AGCAAGACUGAAAGCUAAUUAUGGCUCAACCCCAAGUACCGGAUCUUUCUACUGAACUGAAACCAAACAUGGACACUCUUAAAACUAGCUUACACACACUAAUGAAGAGUGCAGGAGUGAACUUUACCCAGAACUCCACGGUAGACAGUGUUACCACUAAACCUGGCCCUGAAGUAGCUGUGCCUCCUUUCGAGAGGAGUUUGGAGGAGUUUUCACAUAAUUGUGAUGCUAUGCUUUACGAGCUGAAGCAGAGAAGACAAGCUCUAAUCCUUGCUCAGUACAGCAUGAUAAUGCCAUGUGACCCCAAAAUGAACUACAACCAGUACAAAAGCUUAGCUAAGUCGCACAACGGCAGAGUGAAGGAACUUGAGGGUAUCCUUACCAGACUCCGGAGUGAACUGAGUCAUGAUAGUGAUCAGAGUAUGGGGAGUUGAGGCUGUGUUCAGUGUUGGGAUAUGUUGAUAUAUAUGUUGAUAUAUGUUGAUAUAUGUUGAUAUAUGUUGAUAUAUGUUGAUAUAUGUUGAUAUAUGUUGAUAUUUCAUGAUGGUUGAAAUAUAGGAUGAGUUCCCACAGAUCUUCUGUUUUGCAUUGAAAUAUGUAAUCGAGAUUCGAGACGAAAGUAAAAAAUGACGAUAUCAGAUACACUUUAACACAUUUGAAUAUUAAUUUACGAAUGUUUUGUUUGAGAUAAACUUAAAUAACGAAUAUUUGGACUUUGAAGGUAUGAUAGAUACAUUCCAGCCCUCAAUGGAAGAGAAAUUUAAGCCAUGAAUUUGUAGUAAAUUCAAUUGUUUUUCUAUUGUUAAUCCCAAAUUUUAAACCUUACUUCUUUGAAAAGCUAUUUUUCUUUAUUUGGUUGACGUCGAGGGCACUUGCUAAAAUCAAGCGGUUUAAUAUUCCUAUAAUUCAUAGCAGGGAAGAUGAUGGUCAUUGGUGGAAUAUGUUACUCGCAUAUUUAUUCAAACAUCACACGUGCUCUUUCUACAACUACACGUGCUCUUUCUACAACUACACGUGCGUCUUGUUCUCCGGUAUGUCUUGCUCCCAGUGCACGUGACUCAUCAACAUACCACGGGACAACAUCAUUUCAUCACGUGACGUCCCGGCGGAUCAGACAAUUCUCAACGGAAACUGGAAUAAAACGGAGUGUUGUCGUUACAAAACUUUCAGCACUAACAAUGCAAAGAUUACGUGCGAUACAAUUAGGGUCGCAUGCUGGUUUGGUGGGCCUUAGUAUUGGAAACCUAUCACUUAUGUCUUACCAACUGGUCACAUCAGACAUCAGCUAUCAGUACUUCUGUACUGCCUUAUCUACUGCAACUCUUAUCUUGCUUUCUUGUCCCGCUUUUAUCAGCUGUAUAAUCGGCAGACUGGAGUUCAAUAGUUUUAACAAAACUGUUAAAGUUUCACAUCUAGACUUGUUCGGUAAGAGAUGUGAGUCUGUUUGUCCGGUUAAAGAAUGUGAAAUCAUCCGUGAAAGCAAACUGUGUAAGCUGUCCGGUCCUUCGAACCUUCCGUACGUUUUAUUCUGGAAGGAAACAGCAGAGGAAACAGCUGAACUUAUCUCUGUUCUCUCAUCCGAACAAUCUACUAAACGUGGUAAAUCUGGUGUUUCACAGCGGGAUCAAAAAGAUGGGUUUGUGCUCCCUGCACGGUUAUACCUCGGGAUUGUGUUUGGGACUUGUUUAUUGUCCAUGUUGUUGGAAGUGAAACAGCUUCAUGAUACUGGGAAAUUGGCUCGCGAUAUUUUGUCCAUUAAGACUUAGACAUGAUUUUUUUCAGGGUUUUCUUUGAUUUAUUUAAAUUGUUAUUUUCUAAGUGUUAAUAUGGGCGAUGGAGAUUAAUCUUUAAAAUGUAUGUCGUUUCAUUUGACUCCGUUGUUCAUGCGAGACUGUUGUUUGUUUUCACUGAAC